AUGUCAGAAUCAUCGAGACUGAAGAGUACAAUUUACGUCGGGGGACUAGAUCAGGGCGUCACAGCGCAGACACUCGCUGAGGCCUUCAUUCCCUUCGGUGAAAUCGCCGAUAUCACACUGCCUAAACCCGAACUCCCCUCGUCCGCUGAUCUCCAUCGAGGCUUUGGAUAUGUGGAAUUUGAGUUAGCACAGGACGCAAAAGAAGCAAUCGACAAUAUGGAUCAGAGCGAGCUCUACGGGCGGAUUAUCAAGGUCGCAGCUGCGAAACCGCAGAAGGAUAGCAACGAAGGACUUGGAAGCAAGACUGCUAUUUGGGAGCAGGAGGGCUAUCUUGCACAACAUGCUGUCAGCGAGGAGGAUAAGCAGGCCGCUGAACAGGCAAGGUCGGCCGUCAAUAGUCGCACAGAUCCAAUGCAAGGCCUAGAGGGCCUGGAUGUCGCCGGACCAAAUCCAGCACAAAGCUAA